GUAUACAAAUAAAUUAUACCAUUUUUAAAAAUAAAUAAUAAAAACACGUAUUUGAUUAUGCUAGUCAUUUAAUCGAUAUAAAAAUAUGUUAGCUGUAAAUAAUUUUAAUAGAUUUUUUCUUAAUAACUUCGUAAAAAGGCAAAAAGAUAAACAUUUAUAACGUAUAUAAUUUUUGAUUUUAAGUUCUUAGUAACGCCCUCGUGUUAUGAUUGUAUUUUGGGGUUUUCCUAUGAAUUCACUUAACUUUAUAUAUAUAUAUGGUCUCUUAGUUUUCUUUCUUUCACCAUCUUUGAAGCUUCUUUCUCUCUUUAUAUAAGACAUUCAUAAAAGCACCAUAAAUACACCAAAGCAAAAGAGGUAAAAUGAGCAUCCAAUUCAAUAUGACUAAUGCUCAAGAGGGUUUUAUGUGGGGCAUAUCCAGUUCUGAUGAUUCUGGAGGCGGUAGUAGAAGAAUCGAGAAGCAACUACCUCUACCGCAACCUUCUCUUCUGUUAGAAAAUCCGAUCUCGAUGGAUAAGAAGGAUGCAAAAGGAAAGAAAAGGACGAAAAGAAAUGGAAAAAAUCAUGUUGAAGACUCACCUGAUCAUGAAAUACAUAUAUGGACCGAGAGAGAAAGGAGGAAGAAAAUGAGGGACAUGUUCUCUAAACUACAUGCUUUGCUUCCCCAGCUUCCUCCUAAGGCUGACAAAUCAACAAUUGUAGACGAAGCAGUGAGCUCCAUCAAAUCCCUUGAACAAACUUUGCAAAAGCUCCAAAUGAAAAAGCUCGAGAAACUUCAAUAUUCUUCUGCCUCAAACACAACUACUUCUCCUACAACUCUGCUCACACCAAUCUCACACCAUUCUCAAAUCCUUCCCGUAGGUGCCGCCCCAGCAGAUUGUUACUCUCGUGAAGCUUUCUUGGCCGAUCAGAUAUCUUCUUCCAUCACAAACCUGCCUUACCCUUGUAAUGACCCGACCGCUGCUUUCGAUAUUUGGUCCUCAAGUAACGUCGUGCUGAAUAUCUGUGGGAAUGAAGCUUUCUUCAAUAUUUGUUGCCCAAAAGACAAAUCAGGAGUUUUCACUAAUGUUUGUUACUUGUUUGAGAAGUACAACAUUGAAGUCGUGUUUGCUAAUGUCUCCUCUAAUGUUUACCGGAGCACCUACGUGAUCCAAGCACAGGUAAGUCCGAGUUAUGAGAAUCAGUUACUGGGAGAUGGAUUUGGAGUAGGGGAUAUUUUCAAGCAAGCUGCUAAUGAACUGGCCUUAUAUUUUUCAUCUCCUUGAAUUAUAAAUGGCUGCUUCGGGUUGAAUUCCUUUUCAGGUCAUUGGAUGAAUCUUCAGUUUUAAGUACUUUCAGGGUUUGUUUUUCACAAAGUCCCGGCUUUUUAUCGAUGUGCAUGCAGAGAUAAGUUUGGACUUUGCACUUUAUAACCCAUUAUUAUCAAUAGAAAAAAAACAAAGAAUAAGAGAAGAGAUAAGCUUCUUCGAACAUUGUUGUCUAGUGACUCUUUCGACAAUUUUAUUUUAUUUUCUUUGACCAA